AUGACAAGUGGCGAAAACUGGAUUUCCGUGGAGCUUGAACCGGCCACUUUGUUGUCGGAGAAGGAGGAGGACGGCAUCGUCACCAGGGUGUUUAUAGCCCCGUGCUCGGAACCGAGGAUUAAGAAGCCGCUGGCGGAGCGAAAGCCUGCAGUUUUCCCAGAGGACAACACGCUGCUUUACCACUGUCCGUUUUGUGCCAAUGGAAUUCGCACGGGCGGCGCCUUCAAGGUCCAUAUGCUGGCCUGCCAAAGACGCUUCAAAAAUAUGCAAAAGGAUGGAAUAGUGAUGAUGUGCAGCAUUUGCAAAAAGCACUUUAACUCCGUGGAAUCUCUGGGCCGCCACAGGCUGCUUCACGGUAAUAUGAAAAUCACACGGAGGUGUGGAUCCUGCAAUUUGAAGUUCGAGACUGAGGUUGAGUAUCGGGCUCAUUUGAAGACCCAUCUGAGGUCACGGAAUUCCAAGCCGGUCUCCGAAGAUGGCGAGUUGACCGUCACCAAGUGUUUCAAUUGCCUUUUCUGCCGGAAGGAUUUCUUGGCCAGUUUUAGGCCCGGCCAAAUGGCCCGUCGAUAUGCCUGCGACGAUUGCGUUCAGAAGAUCAAGGUCAAGGAAGCGGAGAGUAAGCAAACUGAAAACAUGAAAAGAAAGGCCGACUUUAGCUGCGAUCGCUGUGGGCGAAUGUACAAAUUGGAAGGUUUCCUCAACCGUCAUUUAAAACUUUGCCAGGGUCGCAUUUCCAAAAGGAACCGCAAAUAUGAAAUCCACGAUGUCAGUUAG